UGAUUUCAUUGAACAUUGGAUAGUAAACAGUUAUUUGGCCAAAAUGGGAAGGUAACUCUUCGCUUUCCUUCAAGGCAAGGAAUAGCCCGAAGCCCAGGGUUGAAGCGAAGAAGAGCAGCAGAAAGCUGCUCUAACUCUUAUUCUCUACAGGUACUCUUAAAGCAGAGAGCAGAGCUGAGGAUAGUGACAUUCUAGCAAUGGGAGAAGUGGAUCAAAAUAUCUCAACCGAUGUAGUGGACCAGAAAAAAGGUGAAUAUGUUCUUGUCGGAGAUGCUGAAGAUGGCCAGUUGGGCAUGUACGACAAACCCCUUCCUUGCUUUGGUUGUGGAAUUGGAUGGUUUUCUCUUCUUCUUGGAUUUGUAUGCCCUUUUAUGUGGUACUAUGCAACAAUUCUUUACUUUGGGAACUAUUAUCAUAAGGACCCAAGGGAGCGAUCAGGGCUUGCUGCGUCUGCAAUUGCUGCUUUGAUUUGCACAAUAGUUGUGGUGGUCGUUCUAGGAAUAAUUUUAUUGUAAACCUCCUGACAUCACCUCUGUCAAAUCUCAAACCACUCUACAUCAUUGGUGACAAAGCUGGAGCUCAAGAGGUACCGGUAAAGCUUCCUCCCUAUAAAAACUAUAAUAGAUGCCAGAAAGAACUCCACUUAUACUAGGUUUCAGCUGAGUAAAAAUCUGAAGUUUGUUUGUUCCCUUCCAAUAGUCUUGUACAUAUAGAUGUUGUGUAUUAUAAAAAGUUUCGACAUUGCCAUUGUGGGAUACCCCUUAGUAGGAAGAUUGUAUAGUAGACAAUGCAUACAAAAAAUAUGAGUCCAUCAUGACUUUAUAUCAAUACACUCAUUCUAUGACUUGUGUGAAA